AGUCUACAGAAGUGUGAAGACCCUUCUAGACCCACCAUGGCCUGUGGGUGUGCCUAAGUGGUGUUCUAAAGGUUGGAUGUGUCUUCCGCUAAGGGAAACUCUGCCGAAAUUUCGUGGACGCCGACACUUGUGAAAAUAUCGAGGGAGCUGAGUGUGGACAGCAAAGGGGAGCUGAAAUUCGUCAUUUCUCAAGGAGAAGAUGAAUGAGAGAGGAGGAGAUGCUAAUGGAAGAGGAGCUGUAGCUGAGAAGACAACAGAUUCUGCAGGAGGACUUCCGCAGACGCCAUGUGGGAGGCGGUGCUGCCACUAAGACUGCUGAGGGGUAUGGAGCUGCAGGGCGCGGCAAAGGAAGAGGGGGUUGGAAAGGCCGAGGCCGUGGGAGGAGCUUUGGCAGAGGUAGAGGCCGAGGAGAAAAGGGGGAAGUUGGAGGCUUCUGGAAGAUGGGGUGUGCACUUGGGGAUUGCAAAGGAUCACAAGGGGUGGCUGCUAUGGGACUUGACCACCCAGAAGCUGACAGUGUCAAGGGAUGUGAAGUUUCUUGAGUCCCUGUACUACAAGGAAUGGAAGCAGCAGCAACAGAAGCUUCCAUCUACACCGCUCAUUGUGGAGGCAGAUGAGGUGCAGCAGCCUUCAAGACAGGUGGAGGUUGCAGUGUCAGAGGAGGAGAUGUCUGGGGUGACUGAGGAAGGGGGAGCAGCUGAAGUAGAGCAGCAGCAGCAGCAGCAGCAUGAGUCUCCACCUCGAGUUCCACACCCGCCUGAGCCAGACAAAGGGAAGGACUAUGAUGAGGUGUUUGCUCCUGUGGGGAAAGGAACAACACUGAGGGUGCUGUUGGCGAUAGCUGCACUCCUGGGAUGGAAGAUUCGGCAGAUGGACAUUGUGACUGCCUUUCUGAAUGGGAUCAUUCUGGAGGAGGUGUACAUGAAGCAGCCAGAGGGGCUGGAUGAUGGGAGCGGCAGGGUCUGCAGGCUGAAGAAGGCCAUCUAUGGCCUUAAGCAGGCGCCUCAUUCUUGAACUUUGAUUGAACUCUUGAGAUUGAGU